UUGGGCUACAACGCAAGAGAGGACUACCUCUACGGUAUCUCCCAGAACGAGGGCGCCACCGACUUCAAGAUCAUCCGCAUUCUGGCCAACGGCACAGGCACCUACGUCUCUACGGUCAACAAACUCACAACCGGUCUGUUCAACUCGGGCGACAUCGACGAGUACGGUCAGUACUGGAUCUCAACUGGUGGCACCGACUACUACCAGUACAACUUCGCUCCCGGCACGUCAAACUACGGAGGUCUCGUCAGCAGUGGUAAGCUCAGCGGUACUGGUGGUUACACUAUCGGUGACUGGACAGUCGUACCUGGCGUAGGGGGUGGGGAUCUAUGGUCCAUCGGCGUGAGCGGUCAAUCUGCCUACCUGUUGCGUUGGAACCGGUCCACUCACCUCUUCACAACGGUUCGCAACUUGGGCAACCUCACAGGAGCAAGUUCCAGCUUGACGCCUUUCUGGGGUGCCAGUUAUGCCACCACAGAUGGGUACCUUUUCGCAGUCGAAAACGGCACAGGCCAAAUAUGGCGUAUUGCUGUCGAUGGUUCUUCCGCCCCCUUGAGAUUGAAGGAUGCACCAGUCAGCAGUCGAAAUGAUGGUGCCAGAUGUUUGGACUCCGGUGCCAUUGUUGUUGGUAGCUAA